GAACACUCUUGAGCUUCGUCAUGGGAGCUGUGGUAGCUGAUGAUGGUCCAUCUGGUGUUAAAGCCCCUGAUGGAGGCUGGGGCUGGGCUGUCCUUUUUGGCUGUUUUAUCAUCACGGGAUUCUCCUAUGCCUUUCCUAAGGCAGUUAGUGUCUUCUUUAAAGAACUUAUCCGGGAAUUUGGCGUUGGAUAUAGUGACACUGCGUGGAUUUCCUCCAUUCUGUUGGCCAUGCUUUAUGGAACAGGUCCACUCUGUAGCGUGUGUGUCAAUCGCUUUGGCUGUCGCCCUGUCAUGCUGGUGGGUGGCCUUUUUGCCUCAAUGGGGAUGGUGAUAGCCUCCUUCUGCACAAGCAUUGUUCAGAUCUAUCUAACUGCAGGUGUGAUUACUGGUUUGGGUCUGGCACUAAACUUUCAGCCUUCACUCAUCAUGUUAAACCGUUAUUUUGACAAACGCCGGCCCUUAGCCAAUGGGCUAUCCGCUGCUGGGAGUCCGGUGUUUCUUUGUGCUCUCUCACCACUGGGGCAGAUACUACAACACGAGUACGGUUGGAGAGGAGGAUUCCUUAUACUAGGUGGGAUGCUGCUCAACUGCUGUGUAUGUGGAGCAUUAAUGAGGCCUUUGGAGCCACCCAAAAAGUCUGAAGCUGCCAAAGAACCGGCUGAGAAGAAAGUGAAGAAAAAACUUCUGGAUUUUAGCGUGUUUAAAGAUGGUGGUUUUGUAAUCUACACGCUAGCAGCAUCUAUCAUGGUGCUUGGCCUCUUUGUUCCUCCAGUUUUCGUUGUGAGUUAUGCCAAGGAUUUAGGGUAUCAAGACACCAAAGCAGCUUUUCUUCUGACUAUUCUGGGAUUCAUUGAUAUCUUUGCUCGGCCUAUUUGCGGAAUGGUAGCUGGUCUUAAAUGGGUUAGACCACGCUGUGUCUACCUCUUCAGUUUUGCAAUGAUUUUCAAUGGCUUUACAGAUCUCAUGGGUUCUAUGUCUGUUGAUUAUGGUGGCCUGGUGGUCUUUUGCAUUUUCUUUGGCAUUUCUUAUGGAAUGGUAGGUGCUCUUCAGUUUGAAGUUCUCAUGGCUAUUGUUGGUACUCAGAAGUUUUCCAGUGCUAUCGGUUUAGUGCUCCUGGCAGAAGCUAUGGCUGUUCUAAUUGGUCCACCAUCAGCGGGAAAACUCUUGGAUGCAACAGGGAGGUACAUGUUUGUUUUUAUUAUUGCUGGAAUUGAAGUUACCACCUCAGCACUUGUAUUGGCCUUGGGAAAUUUCUUCUGCAUUAAGAAAAAAUCAGAAGAACCACAUACAAAAGAAGAAGCAGCAGAAAGAGAGGAAUUAAACAAAUCUGAAGACAAAACUCCUGAAGAUGCCAAGGUGGACUCUAUUGAAGUGGAGCAGUUUCUGAAAGAUGAGCCUGAAAAAAAUGGUGAAGUUGUAACUAACCCAGAAACUUGUGUGUGAGCACGACAGGAAAUUGACAGAGCAUUUAGAAAAGAAAGAUUUUCAACACUAUUUAUUUUAGAAAUAGAACUAGUUUAGGGCUGGGCCAUCUGCUUUAUUACCUGGAGGCCGGUCAGCUCAUCAGUUCUCUCUGGAAGCUGAUUAGCUAGACAACCUUUUAUUGGAAAAUUAGCUUUAUCAGUGAAAGGUGAGGCGUUGUGGUUAUACUUUUUAUGUGAAGUGAAAAGCUUUUAUAAACACAAGUAAAGUCUUGCUAUGCAUCACCAGAAACUGCUCACUUGGAAGAGAUGUAGGAAGCGUAUAUUUUAAGAAAAGUGGAAUUAUAUGUAUGUUUUCAGACAAUAUUGUUGAAAUCACUGUGUUGCGCGGCUAAACAUCAUUUCCCUUUCUGUGUUCUCUGUGAAGGGGAAAGAGUUUGAGAUGAAGAAAAAUCUCAGGAACUUAAAGGUCUCCGUUAGGUUUUUGAAUUUCUUACUUUUUUUAGAUUUUUUAGAUUCAUUGGCUCAGCCCUAAAUUAAUUUUUAUAAGAUCUGUUACUUUGAUUUUCUGAGUUUUGUCUAAACCUGUAAUCUUUGUAAUUAUCAUUUGGAAAAACUGUAUGUGGAAAGGCACAUUACAGAUACUGUCCUCAGCAGAUCACACAAGUGGUAUUCCGAGGUAGUACUAAAAGCAAAUAAAAUGAUCAGAAUUGAUCC